UUUAUCGUAAUUUCUUAUUUUCUGUCGGACUUCUAUUGUUUCCUCUUAUGAGAAGCGCCGGAGAUCGGAAUCUCGUUUUCCGGGUACAUUCUCUCUCUACAUUAUAGCAUUAUCAAAUCUUGGAAAUAAAGGAGAAAAAAAAUGGGUGUGAAGCAAGCAUUAAGAGCUAUUGAUGCAUUUCCGCGAGCUGAAGAACAUUUGUUGCAGAAAACCAAGUUUAGCGCCUUCGUUUCCAUUGUGGGGCUGCUAAUUAUGGUAACAUUGUUCUUGCAUGAACUGAGUUACUAUCUUAAUAUAUAUACUGUUCAUCAGAUGUCUGUAGACUCGAGACGUGGAGAAAAUCUUCCCAUUCACAUAAAUAUGACAUUUCCCUCUCUACCUUGUGAUGUUCUUAGUGUGGAUGCUAUUGAUAUGUCGGGGAAGCAUGAAGUAGAUCUUGAUACAAACAUAUGGAAGCUUCGCUUGAACAGUGAUGGCCAUAUCACUGGCACUGAGUAUUUGUCAGACCUUGUUGAGAAGGAACAUGAAGCUCAUAAACAUGAUGCACACAAAGAACAUCAUGAAGAUUCAGACAAGAUCCAUCUACAGGGCAUUGAUGAAGAAUCUCAAAAUAUGAUCAAGAAGGUUAAGCAAGCAUUGGCUGAUGGGGAAGGAUGCAGGGUGUAUGGCAUUUUAGAUGUCCAGAGGGUUGCUGGGAAUUUCCAUCUAUCCGUUCAUGGGUUGAACAUUUUUGUUGCUCAAAUGAUUUUUGAAAAGUCCACUCAUGUCAAUGUAAGCCAUAUCAUCCAUGAGUUAUCAUUUGGGCCCAAAUAUCCAGGUAUUCACAACCCGCUAGAUGGAACAUCACGAAUUCUGCGUGGAACAAGUGGCACAUUCAAAUAUUACAUUAAGGUUGUUCCAACUGAGUAUAGAUACAUAUCAAAAGAAGUUUUACCAACUAAUCAAUUUUCUGUAACGGAGUACUUUUCUCCCAUCCAUGAUUUUGAACGGACAUGGCCAGCUGUAUACUUCUUAUAUGAUCUGUCACCAAUUACCGUGACCAUCAGAGAAGAACGUCGCAGUUUUCUGCACUUCAUCACUCGGCUCUGUGCAGUGUUGGGUGGUACAUUUGCCUUGACAGGCAUGCUAGAUGGAUGGAUGUACAAGAUUCUUGAAUCUUUUACAAAGAAAAACAGCAGAACUAUUGUGCGGUAAACGUCGAGUCAUUGCACUACUGAUAUGUUCAGGCAAAGCUGAAUUGCAGAACUGUUGAACUAGGCAAAAGCUUUAGCAAACAAAGCAGAUCAACAUCAUGUUUUUGAACAAGUUGUUUUUUUAUCCCCAGUGAUUUUUGUAGCACUAGAAGAACAAUACACAAGUUUAUUCUAGCUGUUUGAGAAGAAAAUGUAUUAUUCAUUGGUCAUGUAACAAAACCUAGGAAUAUGAAACAUUUUGCUGGCAAUUUUGUUCAGUUAUUGAAAACUGAAAAGCU